AUGGACGAAACGUACAUUCACUCCUCACACACGAAAGGACAUGCCUGGGGUGAUGGUACAAAUGCAGGUCUACUUGCACCCGUCUCCAAAGGACAGCGAGUCAUCAUCGUACACGCUGGCAAUGAAAAUGGCUUCAUUCCAAAUGCUUUGUUAAUGUUUAAAUCGGGGACAAAAUCUGGAGAUUAUCAUCAUGAUAUGAAUUUUGACAACUAUGAAAGAUGGCUCAAAACGAAGUUAAUUCCAAACCUUCCACCAAAUUCGGUAUUAGUAGUGGACAAUGCAGCUUACCAUAACGUACAACUUAAUCCGGCUCCAACUUCUUCAUCUCGAAAAAGUGCUAUGAUCGACUGGCUUUCAGAUCGUAGCAUUCCUUUCAGUGACGGAAUGUGUAAGCCCGAAUUGUAUUCUCUAAUUAAACUGCGUAAGCCACGAUUCAAAACAUUCAAAAUUGACGCUCUACUGUCUGAACAUGGCCACUCUGCCCUUCGCUUGCCGCCAUAUCAUCCAGAUCUGAAUCCGAUUGAACUGAUAUGGGGAUUGGUCAAAGAAUAUGUCGCCAGAAAGAAUGUCAGUUUCCGUCUAGAUGAUGCUAUGAAACUAGCUGAGGAAAAGUUUAGUAGCAUCACAAAGGAAGAAUGGACCUCGAGGUGCAACAAAUCCCGUCAGUGCGAACAGAAUUACUUGCGGUUGGAACCUGUUCUUGACGACAUUUCGGAACAAAUUACAGUUAAUUUACAAGAUGGCAGUGAUACCAACAGUUGUAGCAGUAGUGAGGAAAACGAGAGGGAGGAAGAAGAUGCAGAAGAAGAUGAUGGGGAAUUAAGUGGAAUAGAAGCUUUGUAA